UUUAUAAAAUGUUAAGUAACCAUUUGUUUAAUCAACAAAGGAUAGUACUUUUCAAAGACAAAUUAGGAAUUGAAAGUAGUUCACUUGGAAUGAUUUUAAAAUUCCUAAAGGAACAAAAGGGCAAUAAUGCUACGUUAACCUGCGUUGAUUCCCUGAACGAACAGGGAGCGUUUCUGUUUGCUCGUGUGUCAAAAUUGUCCCGAACCUUCGAACCGGCUGCAUUGUUUCGUUUCGUUCAACAGUGUCGAAAAAGUAGCACCGUGCAGUGCCUGCUCUUGUGGGCAACCGAGAAAAAUAUUCGAUCCAACCUGCUCGUUCCCUACCUAGAGCAUAUGUCCGAGCUGAUAGUUACAUUCCAAGACGGGCAGCAUCUCUCGAUGCUUAGCAAGAAAUCCGGUGGAGCAGUCAGUAACCGACUGUACCAGUAUCAGGCACUCGACGGAACGCUGUCGAUUAGGGAGACUAAGCACGUGCAAAGCACGAAAGUGGCAAGUAAUCCGCCUACGAUAGAUCCAGCUUCGCUGGGAACGUUUAAAAUAGGCGAUUUGAAGAAGGACGAGCAGGAGGCCAAAGAUUCGCUAACGUUGCCGUUUGAAUUCUAUAAAACUACCACUGAAGGUGGUAAGAUUCUGUACCACCCGGAUGCGGAGGACGAUCUGGACGAAGAGGAUCCGGAUGAUGAUUUGCUAAUAUAAGUUAGUGAUAACAGCCCGUUUUAUUGAAAAUACAUUUUCGUUCUUUAUUUUCAAUCUGCUUUAAAUAUGGUUUUAGAUUACAACUAAGAGAUGAACAAAACCACCUAAAACAGGAAAAUGUUAUGUCUUAAAAGGUAACGUUUUUUAGGGGGAAAGAGAAAAUUCUGAAAUGCUCGUUUACUGGUUAAUACUAUCGAACAGGUUUAUAGAAAUGAUUCUUUCGAGUGUCGAACACCGCCCGGGUGCGGUGUUCUUUUCGACAAUUCCGCAUACAAUUUUGAUAGAGAAACUUUGAUCAGAAGAGUAAUAACAGGAUUUAAAACUUUUUUUUUUUGGUAUUUUACAUAUGUUAUAAUAGAGUUUACUGUGAAAACGACUGAUAAGGCUUUGCCUUUUUUAUGACACCUACUCUGAAAGCAAAUAAAAUUUGAU